GGAACGCACCCGGCAUGGAUAUUUUCUUCAGCAAGAGCAACCCACUCAAUGCGAUUCUCAGGGACGAUGACAAGCGAACCAUCUAUCGUAUCGACACACCGUUCGCGUUAUUUAACAAAGUGACCACUGUGACGAGAUCUGGAGGCCGUGGCCGUGUAGGCGACUGCCAGGUCAUGGCGCGCAUUGAAUGGCAUCGAUUCAGCAAGACAAGAUUCGAAUUCGACGGGCACCCGAUGGUCGCCAAAGUGUUCUUGAAACGGCGGAAAGGCGGAAGAGAACAUAUUUUUCAAGGCGCCGACGGGCGUUCAUACAAGUGGAAGUCGGGAUCACAUGCACCGUCGCUUCGAUUGAAUGAUGGAAGCAAAACCAUAAUCGCCGAAUACCAUGGACGAUCGCUAGGAUUCUUCGGUUUCCGAGGACACAAACCAUAUCUCCGAAUACACCCCCAAGGCAUGCAUAUGCGGGACAUGAUAGUGGCCACGUUCAUCUUCGUGGAGAAGAAGAGAACAGACAGAAAGCAGAGUGCAGCUGCUGUCGCAGCAGCUGCGUGAGAACACUCGGCGGUUUACUAGAUUGGAAUUGCAAUAUAAUACCUCCCUCCGGACAUUUUUGGAUUUUGUACAUAUAGUCCAGCUACGUGUAAAUCAGGUUCAAGCUUUGUAUAAUGUUAUCUACGACUGUUGUGUGACGA